UGUUGUCCGUGAAGGUUCCCAAACCGCGCUCGUGACCCUCACUGCAUAAUGUAACACAUUUUUUAAAUAUCGAAAUCUAUAAGUAGAUGAUCAUUAUGUAUAAAGUAAUUGUGAAAAAAACAUGUGUAGAUCCCUUUAAUUGUGGUGCAGAGUGAUUGGACGGCAUACAUUUAUAGCUCGUGCAUGCUUUUGGACCAAGUUCCGUAUGGUGUUGGCCGGCUCUGUACAGUGGCACGUUGAUAAUUUUAUAACUUAAUAUAAGUAUAUACUGUUGCCAUGUGAUUUUCGAAUUUUCAUUUUCAUAGUGUUGUAUAAACAAAUAUAAACAAAUGAAUUGGUUUACUGAGUUUCUUGGUAAAAGUGGCUUAUUACAAUGGCACCUUGUCGUCAGCUACUCUUAUGGUCAGUUCCAUCAAUAGCAGUCUUACUUGGUAUCUUCUGGUUCAAGAAAAAGAGAGAGUUUGCAAGAUCUGACCCAGGGGGAAGAGAAAAAAUAAAAAGUUUAAAAGAAGAACUUGCUGAGGCCCUUAAUGCUGAAGCAGAAUUAUUAAAAACCUCUCCUCUAGGAAAAGUGGAGCAUUCGUUAGUCAAGUCCUUACCUAUUGACAUAAUCCCAAAUGGAAGUGGUUCCCAGAGGUCUUCUCCCAUAGAAUUGACUGACGAAGAAGUUGAUCUUGAGAUAGAAAAGAUUAUCAAGAAAAAAUCUCUUGAAAUAGAGAAAAGAUUGUCAUUACACACUGAGAAUAAGAUGGAAGAAAUUCGUCUGAGAGAUGCUACCAUUUCUAAACAAGAUUGUCAAUCCAAAUUAGGUUCUUCUUUUAAAACUGAAUUGAAUUGCAUUAGAAACAAUCCUAACUUACAAUUAGAUGAUAUUCAAAAAAUUGAUGAGAAUGAUGACUCAUCAACUGGGUCGGAUACAAAUUCUCAAGUAGAUAGUAUAAAAUUAGAUGCAACGGCAUCUGAGAAUAUUGUGACUGAAGAGACCACUGAAAGUGAUAAUGAAGAUCAAAAUGAUGACAAUGAUGAUGAAACGGAAAAAACAAAUGAGGCUCCCGGCAGCGAUAACAGUUAUUCAGCUCCACAGAAUAGGCGGAUUUCAGAACGAGAUUCUGCGAACCACAGUCCUGUGGACCCAAUGUUAGCGAGCCCAUCAAUGUGUCACUUCUCAGAUAACCAUAGUGAAGGAUCAAGUGAUAGUGGUAAAGGUUGUUCAGAGGCUGCCAGUCCGCCUCCAACUAAUAUUAACAUAGUCUCUGCUGAGGCGGGUUUAAGAAUACAUCAGUUUAUUAUACCACAGACAUUAGUUGGUCUAUUAAUAGGAAAAUGUGGAUCAUUUGUGACUAAAAUAAAGGCAAAGACUGGAGCAACAGUAUAUGUGAGAAGGCAUCCAGAUUUAGUUAAACAAAAAAUUUGUGCAGUUGAAGGAACUCAGAGUGAAAUAGAGGCAGCUUUAGAAAUGAUAAAAGAAAAAUUCCCCGAAAGUAGGUUCCCCCACUUUUCAAUUCAAGAAAUUAGUGCAGAAUUAUAUCAAAGACUGACUCCUGUAGUGCCAGAAUUCCUUCAAUUGCAGCUGGUGGAGUCGGUGAACAACGACACUAUCUUGACGUGUCUGGUGAGCGCUGGUCACUUCUUCCUGCAGCAACCACUACAUCCAACCUUCCCGUCGCUCCACGCGCUUCACCGCCUCAUGGCCGCCACUUAUCAGAGCCCGGAUGUACCAGCACUGCCAAAACCGGUCCAAGAGGGUUCGAUCUGUGCCGCUCCGACGGAGAACAACUGGUACAGAGCUCAGAUAAUAUCCACAUCUGAAGAGAAUGACACGUCCGUUGUUAAAUUGGUCGACUUUGGUGGCUACCUCACAGUUGACAAUGACCAGCUUAAGCAGAUCCGCUCGGACUUCAUGACGCUGCCUUUCCAAGCCACCGAAGCACUGCUAGCAUUUGUAAAACCCGCCAAUAGCGAGAGCGAAUGGAGUGGUGAGGCUCUUCGUAUAAUGGCUGGUCUGACGGCGGGUCAACUCCUCCACGCACAGGUCGCCGGCUACGACGAGCGAGGACUGCCGCUAGUACAUCUUUAUCUAACACUUAGCCCACAGCAAGUUAUAUUCCUAAACCGCGAGCUGGUGGACCGCGGGCUGGCGGAGUGGGACCUGCCGGCGGAUUCGUGAAGGACUCCCUACAUAAUAUGAGAUUGCAUUUCUCUACAACUGUUGACUCACGAGGAAGCGCGAUCUCUCAUUAUGGGUCACGUGUGCCCGUCAGCGACCGGCACUAGUGGGCUGAUUAAAUUAAAGUUUCCUUCAGUGACUUGUGUUUGAUGCUGUAUGAUGUAAAAACUUAUGUCAGAUGUUAAAUUUUAGGUAUUGACUGGUUUCUACCACAGGACUAACUUACCGACUUCCUCAGUUACCGGUUCAUGUGUUUAUUUUAUUGCUUCACCAUAUUAUCUUCCCGUUUCUUCUCCUACACAUACUUAUACUAGUAACGAAACAACUUGUUAUUACUCGCGUUAACGACAAAUAUUAUCUCAUAGUUAAAUUAGGAGUAAUUUGACGCUUGUAUAAGUUUAUCAAAAUAUUGCGUUUUAGAGAUUCAUAAGUUGUUGUAAUCUAAUGAAUUGGUCAGGAUGCUCAUUAUAAUACAUAAUAGCACUGCCGUCUGCAUUUUGCUACUAUUUGGACUGAAUUGCGAUAUUGCUGUUGUAAUUUUCUAUCAUAUGCAGUGCCAAGAACGCACCAUAAUGGACCUGAAUUGACGGGCCGUUGUAACACGUCGACUUCGACAAGUAAAUCGUGGCCUUUUAGGAAAAAAAAAAACUAAUUUACUAAGUCUUCUUAAUACAGAUUGUAUAUUUUGAAUUUCACAAAGUGCAUGUUGUAUGCAUUUUAUAAAUAUAUAAUUUUUAUACUACUGAUACAUCGUCGAUUGUCAGUAGCCGACUGUGACAAAUUAGUUUUCGUACAAGUGUUAAUAAUAAUUAGGAAAUAUUGUUAAAUAAUUGUAUAAAUUGUAUGGUACAAUGUACUGUCGUGUGACUGCUUAAUGUGAUGAUAUGUUGUGGUAUUACAAAGGGCGUUGAAUUAUUUUUUUCUGUACAUAUAUCAUCAACAAUAGCCACAUUGAUUAUCGCUGAAUAUUUUGCUUUCCUAUACUGUUACCAUAUAAACAUAUUUUCUAGUUAUCUCAUUCAGGUUUCAUUGUCUUUUUCUUUAUACACCGCUGUUUGUGCUUUAGUGAACGGCGAUACUCGGCCGUUAUAAUGAGCAUGUCAUUAUUCCUGACUAUAGUGUAAUAAUGUAAAUAAUAGAAAUUUUAAGUAGUUACUAAAAGCAAUUUGAUACUUGUGUUCUAAAAAAUUAUUCAGUAUUUUCUAAUAAGUUGGAAAAUUAGGUGUUUGUUAGUGAUUUGAGUUUCGUAUGAUAAUGUCGUAGUGAACUCGCUGGCUAUGGAUAAUUUAGGAAGAAACCAUUUGUAGUUUAGCUUCGGGCCCGCGCGAUGAGCGACUCGCUUUGAAAUCAGCCGACAGUUUUGUUCAUUUUCGGAGUUCACGCAAUGAAUUGCUAAAAUCACAGUGUGAAGUUAUGUAGCUGGCUCUCCGUUUGCAUUUGUUGACGUCCUUACUGUAUAUAAACUAAUAUAUUUGCGGUUAAAUCAAUAAAUUAUCGUUUUAAAAU